AAGUGAAUUCUGACACAGUACAGUGAGUCUUGUUCAUAAUGAGUGCGCGAAGGACAGUCAUGUGCCGACGGUUUGUGUUAGCUGUAUUGUUAAGUAUGUUCCUCCUGUCCGCUGCGGAAAAUGAAACUGUAUACAGUGGACUGUUGACACCCGGAUGCGCCCAGCAUUACCACAGGAUAUACGUGACGAAAGAAGUUCCCGCUCGGAAAUAUAUGUACCACCAUGAAGUCCUUGCUGGUCAGCAAGGCGACAGUGACCUCAAGACCAUAGAUAUACGGUGGAGGAUAGUGGGGGGCGUCAAGAUUCCAAUCCAAGAUGCUCCGUACCAAGUUUUGCACGGCAAGUACUGUGGAGCAGCACUGAUAGCACCAGAAUGGGUCAUAACUGCUGCUCAUUGUAAUUCCAAGGAAACACAUGUUUACGCUGGUUCGACACACCGAAGUCACACAAUAGGGUAUUUAAUUUGCGCGCAUUUUAUACACCCCUUAUGGAACGUUACCAAUAGACAGCAUUCUCACGACUACGACUACCAGUUGGUUCUGUUAGAAACUCCGAUACCUGUCAGUUCAGUCGCUAGACCCAUUGCGAUUGGAAAUGUUGGAGAUAUCAUACCAGGCACUAUGGUCUCAAUAAGUGGAUGGGGUCAUCUGGCGUUUAAAAAAAGCAAAAUGCAAGAUCUGCUACAACGAAUAUUUGUACCUAUAAUAGCAACCGAAGAUUGUAAGACUAUUCCUCAUGAAUCCUACACUUUCAUGACGACGAGAAUGUUCUGUGCGGGAGAUCUUGACGGUUUUAAGGAUUCUUGUCAGGGCGACUCAGGCGGGCCAGUUGUGGUAAAUGGGAAACUAAUAGGUCUUGUCUCAUUUGGUAUAGGAUGUGCAACUCCGAAUAAACCAGGUGUAUAUGCCAACGUACCGUAUGCUAGACCAUGGAUAAGAAAAAUCACUGGUUUACCUUUAUAAUUAAGAAAUGACGUUCGUAUAUAAAUAUUAAUAUUUUCAAUGUUAACAUGAAUGAUAAAUAAAAGGUGAUUAAUAGUAUUACCCGGUGGAACUCCUAGAUUUUGUGCCAUCAUAUACAGGUAUUCUUAAGUAUAUUAUUUUAGUUAUUUUGCAAUGUGUAAAAUUACAAAUAAGUUAAACACAAAUCAUAUUAUGUUAUUUUUAGUUUCAAUUAA